CAAUCGUUAAUAAGCACAUGCUGGAUGUCAACAAAACAAACUAGAUCAAACCAGCGAAUCUUCCGAGUGUUUUACCAUUGUGAGUUAUGUCGGAAAGUGACGAAGACACACCCACCCUGUCUGCGGACACACUUGCGGCCCUGCAGAUGUUCUACAGUGAGCAGUCGUUGCAGCACCAGAAAGCCCAGGUGGCAUAUGAGCUUGGAAAUGUCACCAACAUCAACAUACAGGAGGACUGGCAGCUGAGCCAGUUUUGGUACACAGAGAAUACAGCGACCAGGUUGGCCCAAGAGGCGUUGGCAGUGGCUAGACCAGAUGGCAGAAUCGCCUGUUUGAGUUCACCAACAGCGUACAAAACCAUCAAGUCUUUGUGCCCGGAAGGCUGCUUGGUCAAGUGCCUGGAGUAUGACACCAGGUUCUCUAUAUAUGGUGACGAUUUCCAGUUCUUUGACUAUAAAGACCCACUUAAUCUUCCGCUAGAGUGGAAACACAGUUUUGAUGUGGUGAUAGUGGACCCGCCCUUCCUAUCUGAAGAGUGUCUAUGUAGAAUGGCAGUCACCGCUAAGUUUUUAACCAAGGACAAGAUCAUUUUAUGUACAGGUAUGGUGAUGGAGGCCAUGGCGGAGAAGCUGCUUGGAGCCAAACUGUGUACGUUCAUCCCUCGACACACCAACCAACUACAGAACGAGUUCAGAUGCUAUACUAACUAUGACGCUAUACAUUUAAAUGAUACUUGAUACCGUGGCAAAUAAAUAUAAUACAGCUUGAUUUUAGUGAGGUCUUUGUGUGGAUUUAAUGUAAGAGUGUGUAGCCCAUUAUUUAGAUAAAAAAUGAUUUUGUUACGCUUUUGAUGUAUUACACUUUUUUUAAAGAUUGAGUUAUGACAAUGGAAUCACUUUAAAAUGAUGAAUGGGCUAAUUGGAGCUGACACAAACUAUAUGGGAAAGUAAUGCAGAUUGGACAAGAAGACGUCACAGAUUGCCAUAUUCCCUAUCAAAAUCAGUACAGAAUGGUUGAUAAAAAAUCAAGGGAAGAAUAUGUUCCAGACAAAGCAGAAAUAUAAUAAAAGCUGUCACAGAGAUUGAGCAUAAAUAUUACCAUGGUUGUCGUAGAUUAAGCAUAAAUACAACUCAGAGACAGUGCAUUCAACUAUGACACCACUUUUUAAGUUAAAGGAUUGCAUAAUUCGUGAAACAUUUCUGGAUUGCUGCAAAAUUAGAGAACAGUAUUUGCUGUCUAGAGAUAAUACCUUAAAUGUAGUUACAUGUAAAACCUAAACCGUGAUUUCUAAGUGGAAUAAUAAAAGGGCCAUGAUUUG